CAAAGGUUGUACAGUGGUUAUAACUGUGUUGGUUUGUUUUGUAAUUUUGUGAUAAUUCAAUUUGAAAUGACCCAUAAGUUUGAAAUUAAUUGAUAUUAGAAUCAAAAUGUUAUUACUCCGUCCUGGAUUAUUUAACAACCUUCUUAAAACUUCAAGAAUAGUUAAUACUAAAAUUUUAGGAAAUGUUUGUUUUAAAAAUUAUACAACUCAGUCUCAGGAAUUAUUGAAAUUAAACACUAAUGUUGUAAAAGAUGUAAUCCUUUAUAAGCAUGAUAAUCCUAAAUUUUUUAAAUACAUUAAUAUGUUCGGUGUUUCCCAAUUCAUCUUUUGGAUGUAUUUAUCACACUUUUCAUUUACAACUUUAAAAGAUGCUCCUAUAGCUAAAGAAGGUAGUGAAAAAUUACCUUGGUGGCGAAGAAUCAAUCUAGGAGAACAGAAGUAUAGAAAUGGAAUUACUUUGUUUUGUGGUAUUGUAGGUUACCUAUUUUUGCUUGCUUCCUGGUCAUACACCAUUAGAUCUGUUCGUUAUUUAAUUCUAAGGAAAGGUGGGAAAGUAGUGUCUUUUGUAACUUAUGGACCUUUUGGAAAAAAUAGUAUAUUGGAUGUUCCUCUUACAAAGAUAAGUGCUUCUGAAAGUCGAGAACAUUCAAGAAUUCAGUUACCAAUAAAAGUCAAAGGAAAAUUUUUGUAUUAUAUACUUGAUAUGAGAGGUGAAUUUCCAAACAAAUUACUUUUCGAUGCAACUGCUGGUUUACGGAGAAAACUGCCAUAAGCUGCAUUAAUCUUUAUUUAUAAGCAGAAAUAUUUUUUGUAUUAAACAUUCAAUGAAGUAUAGUUUUAAAUUAUUCUGAUUAUUGAAAUGAAUUUUUUCCUUUUCUUGUAAUUCAAAAAUUUUUAUUUUAACUGUACCAAAGAAAAAAUGUUUUUGAAAGUAUUUAAAUGGAAAAAUAUUAUAUUUUUGAAAACAGCCUAUCAUUGUGGAGUAUGUCAAGAAUAAGACUGAAAUAUUUCAGCAGCCAUGCUGCAGAAGCCUAUAAGAACAAUGUAAUAAUGAGAUACAGUCUUGUAUUUUUUGGGUCAAUCUUGUCAUGGAAAUGUUCUGAAGUACAAAACAAAAAAUAUAUAAAACAUUAAACCUUUUUCUUUACGAAGCGAUAUCAAUUUAACAGAAAAUCAC